AUGAUGGAAGCACUCCCCGAUGAGCUAUUGCUGCAAAUCUGCGGGCAUUUGAGCCUGCCGCACAAUUUCACGGGUUUCGUUGGUGCUGGCAGCUUCAGGGACGAGACCGCAGCCCUCUCCCGGCUCUGCCGAUUAUCGAAGCGCCUACAGCCUUUUGCGCAGCGUGCUUUGUAUCAUUACAUACCAGAACUAUCAGACGACAUUCGCUAUCGCCUAUUGCGCACGCUCGUGGAAUGUCCUCACCUCGCCAGCUUGGUGCGGGGCAUGUAUUUGGGCUACGGCAGCAUUACAGGUCCCCAACUGGUUUCCCUCUUCGAGACCGCCCGGCCCAGGCUCAACGUUCCCGAGAGUCUGGAGCAAAAGAUCCUCGCAGGCGUCGAGCACAGAGCGGAAGGCUUUGACCAUGCAUUUAUUCUACUGCUACUGCCCAAUCUUGAGCAGUUAGAGAUUGAGUGUUUCUAUGAAACGGACUUUGAAAUGUGUGACUUUGUCGUGGAGACGCGCGCGGGUGCAGACGGGGGGCCUCCAGCCGCCCUGGCCCGUCUGCGCGAACUAUGGCUGCGGCAUAAUGACACGGAGGGCACUACGAGACUAAAGCCCCGCGGUCUUCUCACACUGCCCACGUUGCGCACCCUGCGGGGCUGGUCCGUCGAAUGGUCAAUGGAAACGCAACAAGAUCAGGCAGAAGGGUCCCCGGAAAGGCUUGAUGGGCACUCGAGCGUGGAGCAUAUCGACUUUGCUUGGUCUCUCUGCAAUGGCAACAGCCUUUCCAGCAUGAUGUCGCGGUAUCCAGGACUAAAGAUGCUUAGUAUCGAAUGGGGUUCGGCCACGGUUGGAUGUGAUGAUGACCUCGACUUUACCGCCAUCGGUGAUGCGCUCAGGAAAUAUGGCAGCAGCACGCUGGAAGGAAUCAAGUUCGACUGUCGUGAAGCCUUCAUGUACGAGGAGGGAGAAAGCACCGGGAGGAUAGGAUCGCUCCGCGAGUUGUCCAAGCUGAAGACCCUUACUUUGCCGCAUGACAUUCUUGUUGGAGAAGACGAUGAGAGCGACGAGGAUAGUGACGAUGAAGCCUCGAAUGGCUCAGGGCUUCUUCAGCUCGAUGAGGUCUUACCGACUAGUCUGGAAAAACUUCAUCUACUCAGCUGUGAGGGCGAUGAAGGGCAACUCGACGAUCAAAUCCAUAAGAUGAUCGCUGGCAAGAAGAUGAGCAAUCUUCAAAAGGUCAUCAUGGCACGCCGAAGGACCUCGUUUCGUCACAACGUCUCCGAGUUUGGUUGGGUCUCCUAUCAGGCAUGGGGGAAAGUGAUCUUGUGCACAAGAGCAGAAUACCGGCCAAUGUCGAAAAAAGUGGAGGAAUGGUCCCUGAAGCACGGCAUGCAAGUACAGAUAUAG